AUGCACUUUUCUCUCUCAACCGUUUUGGCGCUGGGCGCCCUCCACACUUUUGGUGUCAAUGCUCAGGACUGUAUUAACACCUGCAUUGAGAACGUCAAACCCACUGUUGGAUGUGCAGAUCCUGCUGAUGCCAGUUGCGUUUGCGUUUCCAACGACUUUGUUAAAGGCGUUGCCGAAUGCGCAAGAGCACCUGAAUGCGCGGCUGCGGAUGAUGCCAUCGCAAAUGGCAUAAGCAACGGAUUCUGUGUCGGCCAACAGGUGCCUGCUUUCCCAGGCGCUGCUACGACCCCCGUUGAGAGUGCAGCGACAUCUGAAGCAGUAGCAACAACAUCCGAAGCCCCUGCCGCACCUGAAACUACUGCCGCAGAAACGACUCCUGCAGUGCUUCCGGAAUCCUCGGAGCCACCCGUGACUUCUGAAGCUGCGGCUACUUCAGAAGCUCCUGAGACUACUCCCACUGAUCCAGCUGAAUCGGCCGAAUCUAGUGCUACCGAGGAAGCUUCUACUUCUUCCACUAGUGCCAACAACUCAUCGGCAACCACUGAAGCAGCCGGUGCUGCCGCCACUGAUUCGGCGGAAGUUGAACAUGAGGACGAAACUGUUGGAGGUGGAAUGUCUGGUGGUGCCAAAGCUGGCGUCGGUAUUGGUGUCACCAUUGGCGUCCUUGCUCUCCUUGGUAUGGCUGGUUUCUUCUUCUGGAAGAAACGUCAAAACCAGCAGAACCUUCCACGCGGGAACAUGGACGAUAUGUCACCACCCAUGGCUACUAGGGAUCGCAGUUAUCCCGCGCCUGAUCAAGGAUCAAUCGGUGAGAAGCACGGUUACGAUCUUGAACUCAUGUCCCAUCGGUACGAGGAUAUGCUACCCCGGGAGGAACCACGACACAUGGUUUAA